UUGCUGUAGAGGGACAACCAGAGAGCAUUGUUGAGGAUAUUGAAAUGAUGGUCCGCUCUUAUGUGGAAAAACCCAAUUGCAUCAUAUUGGCUAUUUCUCCAGCCAAUCAAGAUAUUGCAACUUCUGACGCAAUAAAGCUUGCAAGAGAAGUCGAUCCUUCAGGUGAAAGAACAUUUGGAGUUUUAACAAAACUUGAUCUGAUGGAUAAGGGAACCAAUGCCUUGGAUGUACUUGAGGGUCGAUCAUACAAGCUCCAACAUCCAUGGGUUGGAAUUGUUAAUCGUUCACAGGCUGAUAUCAACAAGAAUGUAGAUAUGAUGGCCGCUCGUCGGAAGGAGCAGGAAUAUUUCGAAUCCAGUCCUGAAUAUGGACAUCUUGCUCAUAAAAUGGGAGCUGAAUAUCUUGCAAAACUUCUAUCUAGGCACUUGGAGACUGUGAUCAGACAGCGAAUACCAAGCAUUAUUGCUCUAAUAAAUAAGACAAUUGAUGAGCUUAACUCUGAGUUGGACCGAAUUGGCCGACCUGUUGGUGUAGAUGGAGGGGCACAGCUGUACACCAUUUUGGAAAUGUGCCGUGCAUUCGAUCGAAUAUUUAGAGAACACCUGGAAGGAGGGAGGCCAGGUGGCGAUAGAAUAUAUCGUGUCUUUGACCAUCAGCUUCCAGAUGCUCUUAAGAAGCUUCCAUUUGAUCGUCAUCUUUCAACGAGUAAUGUCAAAAAGGUUAUUUCUGAGGCAGAUGGAUACCAACCUCACUUAAUUGCUCCUGAGCAAGGGUAUAGAAGGCUAAUUGAUGGAUCCCUUGGCUUCUUCAAAGGCCCCGCUGAAGCCUCAGUUGAUGCAGUGCACUCCAUUCUGAAAGAACUUGUGAGGAAGUCAAUCGUAGAGACCCAGGAACUGAAACGUUUUCCAACACUUCAAUCUGAUAUAGCAGCGGCAGCAAAUGAUGCUCUUGAGAAAUUUCGUAAUGAAAGUCGAAAAACAGUUUUACGGCUGGGGGAGAUGGAGUCUUCUUACCUGACAGUUGAAUUCUUUAGGAAGCUUCAGACUGAACCAGAAAAACCCCCCCAAAACCAGGCACAAGCAGCAGCGCCAAAUGUAGACCGGUAUUCAGAUAAUCAUCUAAGGAGAAUUGGUUCAAAUGUCUCUGCUUAUAUUAAUAUGGUCUGUGAAACAUUGAGGAAUACUAUUCCUAAGGCUGUUGUCUUUUGCCAAGUCAGAGAAGCAAAGAGGUCAUUAUUAAAUCAGUUCUAUGCUCAAGUCGGAAGGAGAGAGAAGGAGCAGCUGGGGAAAAUGUUGGAUGAGGAUCCCUCUCUCAUGGCAAAGAGAGAGACUAUAGCCAAAAGGCUUGAGCUAUAUAAGUCAGCCAGAGAUGAGAUUGAUGCAGUUGCAUGGAAAUGAUGAGUUCCAGUUUUUCUUAUUUGAAAAAAAAAAAUUCUCAUUUUCUGGAUAGAGUAUAAAAUAAAGUAGUAGGAGAUGAAAGCAUUGUUAUGCCUGUGGCUAAUCUUGCAAGGAUGUUUUUCUCGAUGCCAAUAUACCCUUCUUGCAAUAAGGAAGGAUUUCAGUUUCAAAA